AUGCGCGUUCAAUCUUCACUCGUUCUUGGCCUUGCUGCCAGUGCUCACGCAGCACCUGUUCCUAGUCUGUUCGGAGACCUCGUCACAGCUCUUAUUGGCGGAGUCGAGAACGCUGUUACCACCGUCACAACAGAUAUCGAUACUGUAGCCAAAAAACUAGCUUCUUCUGUUGCAAAACUUGGUACAACCCUUCAGACCAACGCUGGAAGCCACGGCAACAUCAUCAGCUGCAACCAAUGGGCAUUCGAUCAAGUGGACGACUUCCUGAAGAGGCUCACUCACUCCAUUACAUGGCCAUCUCAGAAAAACAAGAAUUUCCUGAACUGGACAACGUACAAAGCCAAUGGCGUCAACUUCGGCGCUUGGCUUGAGCAGGAGCCCAACUACGACCUCAACUGGUGGGCCAACAACAUCGGCGAUGCCUAUCCUGAUGAGUGGUCUUGGUGCCAGGCUGUUUGGUUCAGUGUCUGUGGCCCCAAGCUCGAAGCCCGAUAUGCAUCGUUCAUCACCACCAAGGACAUCGACAAGAUGGGGAAGCUCGGCAUCAACACCAUCCGCAUUCCCACCACUUACGCCGCAUGGGUCAAGAUGCCCGGGAGUCAGCUCUACAGUGGCAACCAACAAGCCUAUUUGAGGAGCAUCACCAACUAUGCCAUCGACAAGUACAACAUGCACAUCAUUAUUGGUUCGCAUUCUCUCCCAGGAGGCGUCAAUACUCUUGGAAUUGGAGAAGCUUUCGGUCACAACGCCUGGUUUUUUAACACCACCAACCUCGACUACUCCUUCCGCGCGAUCGAUGGCAUUCUCAACUUUAUCAAGACGUCAGGGCGAGCCUACGCCUUCACCGUCGCCCCAAUCAAUGAGCCGAGCGACAACUUCGCCGCCUUCGCCACCCCCGAAGGGCUAACCGCCAACGGUACCAACUGGAUCAACACCUACGUCAACGGCACCCUCGCCCGCAUCGCCAAAGUCGACAAGCGCAUCCCGCUCAUGCUCCAAGAUGCCUUCUUCAGCGAAGAGUACUGGUCCCCCUUCUUCCCCGCCGGCACCAACCUCGUCAUCGACAGCCACAUCUACUUCUUCGCCGCCGCGGGCAUCUACUCCCAAUACGUCGCCCCGGCCAUCUGCGGCCAGGCGAAAUACAUCGGCGUGGGCGACGGCAAGUUCCCCGUCUUCAUCGGCGAGUGGAGUCUGCAGAGCAACUAUAACAACAGCUUGGCGUAUCGCAAGACGCUGUAUGAUACGCAGGUCUAUGCGUAUCAGAAGUAUUCGAGUGGAGGGGCUUUCUGGAAUUAUAAGAUGUUGAAUGAUAAAGAUACGGUGGACGGGGAAGGCAAGUUGCAGGAUUAUUGGAGUUGGAGCGCGCUUGCUGAUGCAGGUAUUCCAAGUGCGAGUGGUGUUAAUGGAAGCUAUUGUUGA